GAGUAAUAGUUUCCAUGGUCAUAACUGAACUCUGCCUCCUCUGGCUGCCCCCACCCCUCUCGUCGCUCAGAGGGGGCUGUGUGGCUGUGCCUUCAGUCAGUGGAUGCUUGAACAGUUUGGAUAUCGUCGCAGGAAGGAGUCAGCAGCAUGCUGGAGAUCCAGAUGUGGUCUCUUCUCCUGGUUCUCUGUGCUGGGAGUUCGCAGGCCUGGUUCUUCAAUUUGAAUCCAGAUCCUACAACAGAAGUGCCAGCAGCGACAACCCAAGAAGAUGCUACAACGGUCGUAGACGAGACGGCAGGAGAAGCGAAGGAUGGAGACAACUUGUCCAAUCUGGGAGAGGAGAUCCUCAGUGUGGCCACGGGGAUCCGCAAGUUUGUGGAGGACUGGAGCGCUACUACGACCGCCUGGACUGCUAGUGAAGGCCCGACUCCGAAAGUGGAGGGCGCUCACCCAAACAUGACGGAUCAAUCAGGCAGGUUAAGAGGGGAGAGGCUGGGGGAGGGGGAGGGGUCCCGUCUGGUUUCUAGAAUUAACAGGACUUCAGUAUCACCUUGUCUCCCCGUCCCAUCCCAUUGGUCCAUUUGCAAAUGGCCAAACUCCUUCUCGCUGCCUAAUUUCUUCAACCACACAUCUGUGGAGGAGGUGGGGGCUGUCCUACAGGAGUGGGCGUGGCUUGUGAGGGCAGGGUGCCACCACAGCACAGAGUGGUUCCUCUGCCUCCUGCUGGUGCCCAGGUGUGCUCCACCUGCCGCGCCCUUUGACCUGCCCUGUCGCAGCUUCUGCUCUGUGCUGCAAGACAGCUGCUGGGCAUCUCUGGAAAACGGGCGCCUCCCGGUGGAGUGUCACCACCUGCCCGAACGGGAGCAGGAGCCUGAGCGCCCGGCGUGUGCAUCCGUUAGUAACAGGAAAGGUAACCCUGCUGGAUUGGAAUGUAUCGGGUGUGAAGGAUACAUUUGGAAUCCAGUCACGUCUUGUCUUCCUUUAUCUGUCCGUCUGUUUGUUUUAUUGUUCUCCUUGUUUUGGAUGUUUGUUUGUAAUAUGUUUUUAAAAUCUAAAAAUCCUUUUGCCUACAUUACCCACAAUGCAACUGCAGCCUGUCAACCCUCUGGAGGAAGGCGUUGCAGAUUAGCAACGUUAAACCCUACCUACCUGGUUACUCCACACACGUAUUUCAUGAGCAUGUUUUAACUCAGAAGUACCUCUGAAGGACUUAGUUGUUCGUCUUUUAUCAGAACUUAUUUUGAGCCUGAGAGGGUUAAAACCCAACUGCUUUACUUGGCUAUUUCCUGAGAUGUCUCAGCUUUUCUCCUUUGAGGUGACAGACGAUUCUGGCUCUGUCAGCAGCAACCAGAAACCAGUCAGUUCCCUCGAGAAAAAAAAUCGAAGUAAUUUCUACAAUAAUAGCAUAAAAAUAUAGUUAAAAUAUAUAUUGUGGCUUCUUUGCCAUUGGCAUUAGGACAGAGAGAGAUGGACCUGAGGGGUCAAGGCUCCGGUUCGUAACACAAGCUGCAGAGCUCUUGGUGCACUGGUCCAUCUUCUUCUAUUCAACCCUCAUCUUUGGUGUUGAGAUCCAGAUUGUGACCAAAGGAAGACCUGUGGAUAGUUUUUUUUUUGAUUAUGCAAAUGACUAACUAGCAUGCAAACCAUAAUGAAUGCAUGAAUUUUCUGUGAGCGGACCUGAACAGUUCCUGUUGGGCUCUCAUUGGUAGAGAGGACUAUUCAGUGAUGUCUCUGCAGCAGAAACAUCGUAUUUGUGUGAUGACAGCAGUUCUGCAUGGUCUUAGAAGGUUGUCUGUGUUACAACCUUGGUCACAGCUUCUUUCUUCUCGUUUACAAUCUUAGUAAAUUUAGCAGCGUGGGUUACCAGGGUUACUCUCUGAAUGUCUAAGCAUGAAACCAGCGUUCCUGACAGGAAUCCAUCAGGUUUCAGUAGCUGGUUUUUCCGUUUGUUAUGGAAAGGUUUAGUUCCCUUAAACGAGAAGUGUUUUGCCACCUCACGAAGUCAUUUAUGUUCAGAUCAGCAAAGAAAACCUGAAAGUGAUUUUUUUCAAAAGGUUUCAUUUGUUGAGGAAUUGCGUGAGAAAGACGCUGACCCCUAAGUUUAAUAACUGGUUGCAACAAAUUGAGUGGAUUCAGUGGCGGGCGGUGCGUUCCACCCAGCUGGGCCUUCAGUGAUUUCCUAUUCAGUCCAAUCUAAAUUAACACACCUUAAAAUACCAUCAAUAGGACAUCACAGC